GUUGAAGCAGGUGGUCACAGUAGUCAGUGUAGAUAUGCCCUGUAGGAGUGUGGAGAGUGUUGACUGGAUAAAGCGAGUGAGGAGCCUUUAAAAUAGAUUAGAUGCUCAAUUUGAAGCAAUGCUAGGCUGCAGAUGGACUGAGCUUCAUUUCCUUAGCUGACCAAGAAUGCUUGGAAAAGGAUGAAUCUUCUAAGUCAUCUGAGUCUUCCACGUGUCUUCGCUGCUGUCCCUGCCCGACAGCCCGCUCGUCCCACUGGGGCACCAUCUGCCUCUCCAAGCUUCCCCCCUUGCCCCUGCCCCCAGUAGUGGCUGUCCCAGAGGGUAGGAAAGGCGAGCCAGCCCGCGUAAAUAUGCCCGGAUGGAGGUCUCAGUGGCGUCUCGUCCUGCUGAACUCCCUGACCUGUGGCCUGGAGAUCUGCUUGGCAGCUGGGAUCACAUACGUGCCCCCGCUGCUGCUGGAGGCUGGAGUGGAGGAGCGCUACAUGACCAUGGUUCUAGGCAUCGGUCCAGUUCUUGGCCUCCUCUUCAUCCCUCUGAUCGGCUCGGCCAGUGAUCGAUGUAACAGCACUUACGGCAGAAGGAGGCCCUUCAUCUGGCUGCUGUCUUUGGGAGUCCUUCUUGCACUUUUCAUCAUUCCCCACGCUGAUGUCCUGGCUUCCCAUUUUGCCUGGGGUGGACGCACACUUCAGGUGGGCAUCCUUAUCUUUGGGGUGGGACUCCUUGACUUUUGUGGACAGGUGUGCUUCACACCACUGGAGGCCCUUUUGUCUGACCUGUACAAGGAUGAGGAGGACUGCGGCCAAGCCUUCGCCAUGUUCUCCUUCAUGGUCAGCUUGGGAGGAUGUGUGGGAUAUUUACUACCAGCACUGGAUUGGAGUCAUGGAUUUCUCUCCAUUUACCUAGGAGGCCAAGCAGAGUGCCUCUUUUCCCUCCUCAGCUUCAUCUUCAUCUCCAGCGUGCUCAUCACCAUGAAGACGUCUGAGGAACCCUUAUUCGCCAGCAGUACCGUGGCGAGUUCUGGAUCUAUAUUGGAGUCAGGGUCUGGCGUGAUGGAGUCUGGCCGCUGCGGCGUGCCACGCUCAUGCUCCAACCUGCUGAAGUGCAAACUGAGGCUGUUGAAGGCUGGUCCUCUGCUGUGCUUACUGAGAACAUGCUGUUCCAUGACUCCAGCCAUCUACAGGAGCUACUGCCACGUCCCGCGAGUGAUGAGGCAACUCUGUGUAGCUCAGCUGUGCAGCUGGAUGGCCGUCAUGUCCUUUAUGCUUUUUUACACAGACUUUGUAGGGGAAGGCCUGUAUGAAGGCGUGCCCAGCGCAUUACCAGGAAGUGCGUCCAAGCAGAGAUACGAUGAAGGUAUCCGCAUGGGCAGUCUGGGCCUGUUCCUGCAGUGUGCUACCUCAACCUUCUUUUCCCUGGUGAUGAGUCACUUGGUUCGCCAUUUUGGCUCACGUCGAGUCUACGUGAGCAGCAUGGUGAGCUUUACGUUCUCUGCGCUGGUCAUCUGCCUGACCAAAAGUGUGGUCCUGGUCACUGUGAUGUCAGCUCUCACUGGCUAUGCAUACGCCACGCUGCAGACUUUGCCUUAUACCCUCACCUGCCAUUACCACAAGGAGAAAGAGGUCUAUAUGCCAAAAAGGAAAACCAAAACCAUACAUACAAAUGGUAUUAAACCCAAGCGGGACUUUUUGACUUCAGUGGAAGCGGAGGCUGGCCUUAAUCAAUCUGUUUUAACAGGGGCUCCCUACGGGCAUGCCUUCUACAGCCAGGAGAGUUACUACCCCGUGCCACACGGCCAGAACGGCUCAUCUCACAUCGCUGCUGGCGCCGAACAGGAGGAGGCGGACGUGGGGUUCGAGAAACGCGGCAUAGGUUUGGACUUUGCCAUCUUGGACAGCGCCUUCCUCCUCUCUCAGGUUAUCCCCACCCUCUUCAUGGGCAUGAUCGUUCAAUUCGCACAGUCCGUCACUGCCUACAUCAUCUGCUCCGCCGUCUUCGGCGCUGUCGCCAUCUACCUGGCCAGUCACAUUGUCUUCGACCAAAAGGACCUCAAAUGCUGAGAUUUUACUUUGGAAGACGCGGGAAACGACGGGAAUUACAGAUAAUCGAUCAUUCAGGUUCCAUGGGUUGAAACUCGGCAGUGCUCUGCUGUUCCAACAAUGCCUUUGCUCUUUGAUUGAAAGCUCUGUGUUUAGUUUGUGUUUGUUAGUUACGUGACAGGGAGAGGGCGAAAAAGAGAAAUUGGCCAGUGCUAAAAAUAUCGGUGUACAGAAAAGUUCCUUAUCAACCCCCACUGUGUGCUCACGACAAAAUGUGCUACUCUGUGCUGAAUGCAAGUCUUUAUUAAUCUCUCUUAAGAGAAAACAUCGUAUUGCAACAUCUUUUCUGUCCAUUAUCUUUUUCCUCAGGUAAGACCAAACAGAUUUACUGUAGAACACAUCAACCUCAGACUCAUAGUUACUCACCCUGCUGUUUUCAUUUGUUCUUGUCCACAAGUUUUAAAAUUAACACAUCGAAACACAUCAGCUAAUUAACUUGUAGAGAAAUUACAAGCAGUUUGAGUGCAUUUAUUAAGACUUUUUUUUUAAUUGCCGGUUUUCCAGUGUUUCCCCAGGCUUGACAAAGCUGAGGAGGCCCAUUCAACCGACCAUUGUGUAUAAAAUAAUGGGAAUUGACUUGUACUUAGAUGCUGGCCUAAUCUUUAAUCUCCCCCUUUCCACCGUGUGUAAUCUGUUACUGAAAGAACGGUUUUAUUGCAGAUAUUUUUAAUACAAAUUUUUAUUGUACAUCCCUAUGGGAAUUUAGUUAUGCAACCUGUUGAGGUGAGGUUACGGACUGUGGUGGUUUAUGAUUGAAUUUGUUUACUGGAGCUGGAAUUAUCACACAGCCUCCGACUAGAUAAUCAAGAGUAAGUGGAUGCUCCUCCCUGUCGUAGUGCGUCUGAUCGGGAGGACAGUUGUCUCAGGUUAGUACUGUGUUUUUUUUUAUAGUGUCCCCAAUGUCGCAGUGCCAACAGUUUGCCCAACGAGUUUUACUAUAUUCCCAAAGGACAAUCUUUGACAUCCAGAUGGUUACGCAGAGUAGUGCCACGUGUGAAGGGGCAGAGAUACACGGUGAAGGCCACUUCAUACAUAGCAGCCAUUCCUGAAAAGACCAAAACAAAUCAUGCCGUAAAAAAUGGAGACAUUUAGUUACUGAAAACAAUGCCAGAGAAGGCAUUGAUGUGCUGAAGGCCAAGCUUGAGUUUGAUUGUGUGUGUGUGUGUGUGUUAAACAUGGUGGACAGAUAGUGUGAAAGUAAACUUGAGUAAUUAAGUGUGAGGGUAAUGAAAAGGUGUUUUUUCACAGUGAUGAUAAUUAAGUGUAUUGAUUUAAGCCCAUAUGAUGCUGUUUUGUUAUGAUGCACCGUGGCCUUGAGAUGAGCUUUUCAAGUCGCAGGUUGGUAUGAACACAUGGACGUUGUAUGUAACAAUGGAUAUAGUCUUCCAGUUUGUAGGAUGGAAGUCAUAAUAAUCAAAAUAAUUUGUCUGAAUGACCCCGCUUCUUACUCGAACAUCAGUAAACAUGUUCCCGAGGAGGUUAUUGGUCUCAAUCACUAGUUUCGGCUCUUCCUCAAAAAGAAAAUAUGUCAGUUUUAUAAAUGAUCUUCUUGUUAAGAGGAAAACAGACGACACCAGUGUGAUUGACAGCUGGUGUCGUCAUAUUGGUGCCCGGCGGUUGCAAGUGACGUCUGGAUUUCCAGUGAUUAAAAACCUGUCAUGGCGUCUGUCAAACGAAAAUCUCAAGGCUUCAAAUUGAAAGACUAUGUCCAUUUUUCACGUGCACUCCCAUGUGUUCACACCACGCUUGUGCUGCAACUGGAAAGUGAAAUCACGUGUUUUGUAUCCAGGCUGUGAUGAAGAAUUUGCUACAAAUGUUCCAGGAGGGGGCGUCGCAACAGGGGGGAAUGCUCUUACUAGAAGGAGAGCAGCAGUUUUGCGAGAAACCAUCUAAAGUUUCAGCUGAUAAAGGAAAGUGCAGUGACGUUACAGUUGCAAACCCCAUAAGAAGGCGUAAUACCACUAGCUUGCUUCGCUGCCACGUAGGGCCCCCUGGGUCCCUUCUGCCUUGGAUCCCCGAAGUCCCUCAAAACACCCCUGAAGAUUUGUCCCCCUCAUGUUGACACUACUGCUGAGAAAAAUGUUUAAAAAGAAAUUUGCCUUUUCCCACCAAAAUGCACAGGAUUAUAUAACCUAUAGUGGUUGAAGUGUCAGGAAAAAGGUUGUUUUACAAGUGCCUGUACAUGUUUCUUAAAAUUUUUGUACAUAUGUAUUUAUUUAUUAUGCUUUUAUUACAAAAUAGCACGUAUUAAACUAUGGGCCUUUUUUGACAUCUUUUGAUAGGUGCAAUGGUGAAGGCUGUUUCUGUGAAAAAACAAAAAAGAUAAAUUAUUUGUAUAGAUGUGGUAUAGAAGUGUCCUCAAAGCUAUAAUUUAUUUUAACAUAACCCCCCCUCAUUUAUCCUGUGGCUUUGGGAUCAUCACAGAGCCGUUUGCUGGUGUCCGUGUGCAUCACGUCAGCUGCAGGUGGGAAUAACAAAUCCCACCUGUGGGCUUCAUCCAUGUAUUUUAUCACUCGUUUUAUUACUGUCACACAGCUCAGAUGCUUGGUGGUUUGAUUUCUGGUGCAGGUGCAAACAAGAAACCUCAUCGUUCUGUCACUACCGUCUUUUCCCGGGACUUUAUAUAACCACUUGUUUCUUCAUCUGUUAUCGUGUUUAACAGAUAAACACUCGGGGAGGAGGUGGAGUUGUUGCCCUGUUGGUGUUGAUUUCAUUCGUGUUGAUUAAUCAGGUUUUUGUCAGAUCAUUUUUUUUGUGUUGCCAUAAGGUUUAAGUCACCUGUGUUACUGUCAUAAACACAUUCAGCCAUAACAAAAAACGCUGUAUUUCACUUUCCUUAUACUUACGGUCAUAUUGUGUAUGUUAUGCAGUUACCAAAUAGAUCUUUAUACAAAAUAAAACAACUGCGUUGUCAAUGA